AUGGAUUGGAGGAAGGGGCUGGGCUUUACGGAUCGACUAAGGGUCAUCCAGUCGCUCACGACGGCCUACCAGCAAGCUUCUUCUGCCGCCGCCUUCGCUGAAGCACAGUCACAAGCUCGGCAGCAUGAGACUGAGGCGUACGAAAAUGCCGACUCCAAGGAAGAGUAUGACCGCAUUUGCCAACGGGCAAUUGAUGCGGCCGAGGCCACAUGUGUAGUACCUGUCGUCAGCGGUCCUGAUGAGGCCCGGGAUGUGUUUCAGGGUUCAGAAACAUCUGAAAUACCGACGGGCGAGCAGUUCGGCCAUGGAGACUUUCAACCUGGACGGGGGAGACUCGUGCUGGUCUUCCCCUUCCUUCGAUACGAUUUGGAACAUCUGCUUCGGCGGGACAUGGUCACCGCUACUCAGGCACGAUCGAUCCUGCGGGAUCUAUUCCAUGCGCUUGCUCAUAUCCACAAACUAGGGAUCAUUCAUCGGGACAUCAAGCCGUCUAACAUUCUGAUGGACUCUCCCGACGGACCGGCCUACCUAGCAGACUUUGGAAUUUCGUGGCAAGAAGGUGAUCCAGGGUCGGAGCCAUCUCACCAGAAGAUCACGGACGUCGGAACCACCUGCUACCGGCCCCCGGAGAUCCUGUUUGGUGACAAAGGGUAUGGAACAGCUCUGGAUCUCUGGGCUGCGGGCUGCGUGGUGGCGGAAGCGAUCGGGGUGGGACAUCGGGCGCUCUUCGAUUCCGGGCCCGUGGGUAGCGAUCUGUCGCUCAUCGUCUCAAUAUUCAAAACACUGGGGACCCCGAACGAACAGAACUGGCCGGAAGUGCAGACACUGCCCGACUGGGGCAAGGUACAAUUCUACGCUUUUCCAGCACAGUCCUGGGAGGAUAUUCUACCGAAUGUAUCCUCGAAUGGACGUGAUCUCGCACGCCAUUUGCUCUGCUAUGAGAGUGGUCAGAGGCUGUCGGCCGAAGAGGCUCUCCGACAUCCGUAUUUCUCCACACCUUAA